AUGAAUGAAGAGGAAAUGCGCGUAAACGUUUUCAAUUCGCUGCAAAACCGUGUUCCAUCUGCAUCCGUCUGUGUUUCCAACGGGGUGUUCUAUUUUCUGCAGAUGAAUCACAUGAAUGUCUCGGAGGUAUUUUCGUGCAAAACUGAGGAUGCGGUUAAGUUUGCGGCGUCAGACAAGGUGUACUUCAACUGCACUUUCCACGUUGCAGACCUCCGGAUGUAUGUCCUUAGGCAACCGCUUGGAGCGAGAAUGGCAAGAGUUGCAACUAUUCAGCUCAAGGAUGUUAAUGGUUUAGUUGCUGUGAAUCUCCUGAAAAAUGUUGUCAAAUCUGACCGGUUCUGCCUGGAUGCUUAUGCUUCUAAGGCCACACUUCCCGCCUUCGAGAUUGCCAGGCUCACGUCAUCGAUGCACGUGGACCGCCAACUCGCCAGAUCGAUACGCAAACAACUGUUUGAGCAUUCGUUGAAUUGCAGGUAUCACCGUGAUCAUCCAAACUGUUACUAA